AUGGAAGCAGAACCCAAAUUCUGGCUCUGCGUGUUCCCUGCUAGAAUAUACCGGCACUGCGACCUUCAGCCAAUCAAUGAGGGAGCUGCUCCAUCCUUCUCCCGGGUGACAAUGACACACGUCCUGUCCAGACGCCAUUCGUCAGGUGUCAGGGCGCGAGAUGUCCGCAGCGAGGUCAGCUUUCCAGAAAGUGCAUUAAAGUGUGAUGAGGAGAGCUUUGACCUCAACGGAAUAAUUAACGUCUUCUUCUUUUUUUCCGCAGAGCCGCUCAUCUCUAAAGGAAACGAUUGCCUGGACGCCGCCAAGGCCUGCAACCUGGACGACACGUGCAAGAAGUAUCGCUCGGCCUACAUAACGCCGUGUACCAACAGCAUAUCCAACGAGAUCUGCAACCGCAGGAAGUGCCACAAGGCCCUGCGCCAGUUCUUCGAUAAGGUGCCGGCCAAACACUGCUACGGCAUGCUCUUCUGUUCCUGCAAAGACACGGCCUGCUCGGAGCGGCGGAGGCAGACCAUCGUCCCGGCCUGCUCCUACGAUGAGAGAGAGAAGCAGAACUGCCUGAACCUGCAAGAGUCCUGCAAGACCAACUACAUCUGCAGAUCCCGACUUGCACAUUUUCUCAAUGACUGCCAGCCGGACCCUCGAUCUGCCAGCGGGUGCCUGAAGGAGAACUAUGCCGAAUGCUUAUUGGCUUACUCCGGCCUGAUCGGUACAGGAAUGACCCCGAACUACAUCGACUCCACCACCCUCAGAGUGUCUCCCUGGUGUGACUGCCUCAGCAGCGGCAACUACAUGGACGACUGCCUGAAAUUCCUCAACUUCUUCAAGGACAACCUUUGUCUCAGAAACGCCAUCCAGGCCUUCGGUAACGGCACCGAUGUCAAGCUGCACCCCGACCCUCCGGUACACAGCACGACGUCCUCCUCGUCUGUCCUCUCCAAGGCCAAAACUAAAGACUCCAACUACAUAGACACCAUGCACAACACCAACGAGAUCCCAACGCAUAACGGCCUGCCGGGCUGCGCCAAUCUCAUCCAGGCGCAGAGAAUGAAACUGAACGACUCCGUGGACACCCAACUCUGCCUGGCUGAGCAGUCUCUCAGCAAGGACAACAUGGUGGGGCGAUCUUCCAGCGAUCCCAUAUCCGCCGGCAACUCCUCUGCGAUAAAGUCCAGUCUCUGCACAGCGCUCCUGCUGCUGGCCGUGACGCAUUGGCUGCUCCUCGCCUGCCCUGCUCUGACGUUAUAGCCGCAACUACAACCCUAUGGACCUGAUCAAGACAACAAAAGUAUAUCAUUAUAUAUUCCGUACGAUUAAUAUUAUUCACUUUUCCUACCCUCUCGAUCAUCUGAAAUCGCCGAGAAUGAAAUAUUCUGGAACGUCUCAGGAGAAGACCGAUAACGCAGAGGGGGGUGCCGUGCGGCUUCCGCUCCGCGGCGGCUCUGGGCAUGCUUUGUGUGUUGAAGAAAAAAUUAAAAGCAAAAGGACGUUUGUAAAUCUGGUUGUCGAUAAAACUAUUUUUCCACCUGUGAAGAGGAAAUCCUGUCGUGUCCUAUUUAUAGCAUUUUUUUUUUUUUUAUGAUUUCAUUACUUUCCAAAGUUCUUCAAAAGAGGCCAAAUGUACAUACCGUAGCAGGCCGAUCGCCAAAGUGCUUGUGCUCGUCAAAUGCCGCUUCACCUGAUUUCCUUCAGCGUCUCUCUUUCAAUGUCUGUUCUAACAUCGCGUGACCCAACGAGCUCACC